AUGGCGCCAACCACGACGAUCGAAGCGUUGACAAGCGCUUUGGUAGCUCGGUUUCUCCGAACAAAUAAUUAUUCGGAGACUCUCCAGGCUUUUAUCCGCGAAGCCGGACUGGCCCCCGACGUGGGGCAGAGCUCCGGCGAUGACACAAACAACUGGUCCAUCCAGAGCUUGCUGGAGGAGAAAAUGGCGUUUGACCACAGCGUGAAUUUUGAGCGAUAUGGUGAUGGCAAUAAAGAGACUGGUGCUUGGAGCGAACCAGCUCCCAAUAAACCGACGGUGGUUUCAACUCCAACGUCAUCAAAUCUUCUCGCUGCGUCAGUUGAAUCGUGGGAGAAGCCUUGUGACAGUGCCAACACGUCGUCCGGACCAUUCAUCAUUUCCACGGGUGCGGAUAGACAAGUGCAUCUCCUAAUGGCUACGGGUGGAAAUGAGAAACUCACUUCCUUUUCCAGUCUGUCAGACUCGCCCGUCCUCUCAUACGUGUCGAUCCUCGGGGGCCGCUUUGUCCUGAUGACCAACAUGUCAGGGCAUUUGCUGCUCCAGCAAGGAUCUGUUACACUGGACAAAAGAAAAGACCAUGCAAAGUAUGCCGUUAAGGUAGUUGCCCACAAGGACCGUCGCGAUCCUACAAAGUUCUGGAUCGCUACCGCUGGGUGGGAUUCGAGCGUUCUUUUAUACCGCAUGCAUAUUCCUGAUGGGGAAGAAACAAAUUCGCCAGUGAUCGGAGAGCCAGUGGCUUGCAUAAAGACAAGGACGAACCCAGAAUCCUUACUCUUUGUUCCUCAUGUUGAUACAAGCGAGUUGUUUCUGCUAGUUUCCCGGCGGGAUUCCACCUACGUAUACUACUACGAGAUUGAAUCGGUAACGGAGACAGAGAGUGGGAUUGCAGCCGACCAUACCCAAGGGCUAUCUCCUCCCGAAUGUCACCUCCUGGGACACCAGAAUCUGGCCCCUCAUUCGAAUGCUUGGGUUGCUUUCUCCCCAGCACAUAUGGCGCUUAGUCCACACGACCCCGGCGUUUUAGCUGUUGCUACAUCAACAUUACCGCAUAUGAAAGUGAUCAUCGUACGUCUUCUGUUCCCGUCAAGGGAGGCCAAGGAUGAAACGAAUAUCGAUGCUGCAGUGACACAAGCCUCCCAGGCCCUUGAGGCUCUGGCACUGCAGAAUCGCGAAGAUGCAGCCAUUCUAGUCCAGGCCAACACCCUUGCACCCCAAACGGCAUAUUCCACACCGCAAAUAGCGUGGCGACCCGAUGGUUCGGGGAUCUGGGUCAACGGAGAUGAUGGUGUGAUUCGCGGCAUUGAGACGAAGACAGGCAAGGUCGUCGCGAUGCUGAAGGGCGGCCAUGAGCCGGGCAGCAAAGUACGCUCUGUCUGGUCAGGACGUGUUGAAUUCUCAGAUGUGGGCGGGAAGGAACCAAGUCAUGAAGAAUGGGUUAUAAGUGGCGGGUUUGAUAAACGUUUGAUUGUCUGGAAAGUAUGA